UAACGAGAGUUGAAGAAUGUCUGGACGAGGAAAAGGCGGGAAAGGUCUUGGAAAAGGAGGCGCCAAGCGUCAUCGCAAGGUUCUCCGUGAUAACAUCCAGGGAAUCACAAAGCCCGCUAUCCGUCGCCUGGCUCGCCGUGGUGGUGUAAAGCGAAUCUCCGGCCUCAUCUACGAGGAGACUCGUGGUGUGCUCAAGGUUUUCCUGGAGAACGUGAUCCGUGAUGCCGUCACCUACACCGAGCACGCCAAGAGAAAAACCGUCACCGCCAUGGAUGUGGUCUAUGCUCUGAAGCGUCAAGGCCGCACUUUGUACGGCUUCGGCGGUUAAAGUGUACUCUAC